CCAGAACGCGGCGUGGUUCAUUCCAGCGGCUCUGUGUCCUCGGAGCGAGGCGCGUCUCUCUCAUCCGCACUGAGCCAGGCGCUUAUGUCACUUGGCGCUGCAAAGUGAAUGUCGAUGGAGAGACCAAAACAGAAAGCACCGGGACCGGAAUGCCUCAUCUGUCUGUAAACAGUUUCUGAAUCCUCCGUACCCUCAGCGGCGGGGUUGUGGGGCGCCACCAUGACACACUCCAAUAGCAGCACAGUGACAGCCAACUUGAGCGGGGCUCUGGACGGCUACAACUCUGGUGGGAACAUCUACAGACCCUUCUCUGUUUUCAGCGUGCUCACGCUCACUUUACUGGCUAUGCUGGUGGUGGCCACAUUUGUGUGGAACCUGCUGGUGCUGGUGACCAUUCUGAGGGUUAGGACGUUCCACCGGGUGCCCCACAACUUGGUGGCCUCCAUGGCCAUUUCAGAUGUUAUGGUGGCGGCACUGGUGAUGCCACUCAGCCUGGUGCACGAACUUAACGGCCGGCUGUGGAAACUGGGCCGCGUGCUGUGUCAGGUCUGGAUCUCAUUUGACGUGCUCUGCUGCACGGCUAGCAUCUGGAAUGUUACAGCUAUCGCACUUGACCGCUACUGGUCCAUCACCAGACACUUGGAGUACACGCUCAAGACUAGAAAAAAGAUCUCCAACGUGAUGAUUGCACUCACCUGGCUGCUGUCCUCCAUCAUCUCCCUGUCACCUCUGUUUGGAUGGGGGGAGACCUACUCAGAAGGAAUGAAGUGCCAGGUGAGCCAGGAGCCGUCCUACACCAUCUUCUCCACCUUUGGAGCUUUUUACCUUCCACUUUGUGUGGUUGUGUUUGUGUAUUGGAAGAUCUACAAGGCUGCCAAGUUUCGGAUUGGCUCACGCAAGACGAACACAAUCACACCAAUGGCUGAGGUAAAGGAUGAAGCCCAACAGCCCCAGAUGGUGUUCACUGUGCGCCACGCAACCGUGACCUUCCAGACAGACGGGGACACAUGGCGCGAGCAGAAGGAGAAGAAGGCGGCCCUUAUGGUUGGAAUUUUGAUCGGCGUCUUCGUGCUUUGCUGGAUCCCCUUUUUCAUCACCGAGCUCAUUGUGCCGCUGUGCUCCUGUGACAUCCCACCGAUUUGGAAGAGCAUCUUCCUUUGGCUCGGCUACUCGAAUUCCUUCUUUAACCCGCUCAUAUACACUGCCUUUAAUAAGAACUACAACAACGCCCUGAGGAACCUCUUCUCCCGACAGCGCUGAGACCUGCUCUACGCCUGGCCGACUAGCUGCACCCGCUCACACUGUGUUACUUUUCCAAACAGAAACUGUCUUUUUAAAAACAGAACAUCGUUAUGUCUUAAUUUGUAUGUGUUAAUGUAUUUUGCUCAUUAAAGGUGUGGAACACUCAUUUAAUCAAUGCAUUUGCAGUGGUCUCUAGCAGGAAUGAAUGCCUUGUAAGUCAUGCUCAGAGGGGAGCGCCUGUAUCUGCAUGGAGGAGUCAGGUGGAGGAGAGAGUGGGAGGACACUGCAGGAUUUGGAGUCUUAUUUCCUGAAAUUUGGACAUCUUGCCUCUGAUUUGCUAACAGCUACACAACUCUACCACUGACUCGGUUUGCUCUGCAGCGUUGAUGUUUUAUCUCCACAAAUAACACAAGCCUGGAGGAGUUCUGCUGUGUGGUGGAGUUGCUAAUGCUAACGAUUAACUUAUGCUAGCCAAGCGUCUGGUGUUUCCUAGACGCUAAACCAACAACAGCCUUCCCCGUUGUGAGUCAAGAUGGGUGGGUCAAUGAAUGAGAGACGGCGUGACGUAGAUCUGUCAGGAUCUUCAUAUCCUAGAGUUUCAAUGUCUAUUUUCUAUCAGAAGCUAGUGCAUGAGAUAGGUGUUGGAGACUAUUUUCAUGUUCAGCCUGCAUGAAAAACACAGAGUGACCAUUAUAAUUAGAAAUAAUCAUUAAAAAAAUGUUUUUCAGUGUUCCACACCUUUAAGGAGUCACCUCGCUGUGGUACUGGGAUAAAUGGCUGCCAAUGUCUUCAAAGUGGAGAAUUAAUUUCACUUUUUGCCAUGCUGUCCACACGUACAGCCAAAUAAGGACAAACACUCACAAAAUCAUCAUGUAUGAGGUGAAACCAUAAUAGAAACACUUGUUUAAAAUAAAAAAAUCUGUAAGACCAAGCCAAAAUAAAACUCGCUGGUGCCAAAACGAGUCUGUAAAAAAAAAAACAUUGAAAUUAUCAUUAUAGAUGUCGUUUUUACACAAAAGGAAAAAAAUUAAUUAUAGAAAAAGAUGGAUUGUUGAAGAUAAAAUCCCUUCAUGAAAGCCAUAAUCUAUUCAGCUGUGGGACUGAAAAAUGCUGCCACUUUAUUUAUUCACACACAUUUGCAGAUAAAGGUACAUUCUGUCCUCUGAUGCUAAAUAGCUAUACACUACCUCCCACAUGAGAGCUAUUACUUUCCCAAUCUUAGGAAGAAUUGCUCUGAAGAAAACUAAUGUCAGUUCGAACUAUCAGAGGGUACAAAAGGAGGUUUUACGAGGAAAAAGGCUCUCUGAGAGCAUAGUCAUCCAGAUACAAAGUGCUCUCAGUCUGAACCAACAUUUAACAGCUUCUACUCAAUCUUUCCUCCAAGUUUUCUGAAAUUCUAUGUCAUUUUUUUCAUGGGAAUACAGAAAUCUAAACAACUUGGGGGGAAACACAUCAUUUGAGGCCCACUUUGACUGAAAAAUAUUAUUUUGUAUAAAAGGUGGAGAGCCUUGGGUAAGAAAUGACAUAUUAAGGACAAGUCAAGCAGAAUCGAUUUAGAGAAGGAAUACAUGGCAGCAUGAGUUGCAUUACUGUUUUGAGAUUAUCCACGAUUGUUUAGGACGAAAAAUGUGAUAACAUAAAAGAAAAUGCCAAAUGUGCUCCGAGAAAAGAAAAAAAGUUAUAUCUCACUGAUGUGAUGAUUUCCAGUUGUGAAUUUCUCUUUUUUUUUUUUUUUGUACAAUAUGUUUUUUUUCCUAGCUGAAAAAGCUGAAAGUAUGAAUCCAUCAAAGUAGAACCACUGAGUGAACCUCCAUUCACGUGUGUAUCAAAGUAAUGUGACAAAUCAAGCAUGGGAAUAAGCUAUCCUACAUGUAGUUGUGCUGCAUUAGAGAUAAACAUCAAAGUCUCUUGCACCAUUUUUGAUGGGAGGAAAAUAAUUGCAUUUCUUCACACUGAAAAAUGUGACUUUUGUGGCAAAAAAAGAUGUUUUUAAGUGUGUGUCUUCAUUCUUUAAAUAAAGUGAAAAUGAGGAAAAA